AUGUCUGUGCUUCUCGAGACGAGUGCCGGCGACAUUGUCAUUGAUCUGCUCGUAGAUCACGCACCCAAACUCUGCGAGAAUUUUCUCAAACUCUGCAAAACCAAGUACUACAACUUUUCGCCCGUUCAUUCGGUCCAGAAGAACUUCUCCUUCCAGACUGGCGAUCCGCUCGGUCCUCUCUCGAAAGAAUCUGAUGGCGGCUCUUCAAUAUGGGGCAACCUGGGGAGCGCGAAACGCACCUUUCCCGCCUUCUUCCACCCAAAGCUGAAGCACAUCGAACGAGGGACAGUCAGCAUGGCUACGGUGCCUCUCGUAUCUGACCCUGAGACGAGGCUGGCCGGUUCACAAUUCAUCAUCACGCUAGGUGAGGAGACGGACUAUCUGGAUGGCAAGGCUGCCAUUUUCGGCAAGGUAGUUGAGGGCUUCGAUGCGCUGGAGAAGAUCAACGAGGCUGUCAUCGACGACAAGGGCUAUCCAUUGAUCGACAUUCGGAUAAAACACACAAUCAUCCUGGAUGACCCGUACCCUGAUCCGGAAGGACUCCGAGCGCCGAGCGCCAGUCCACCGCCUACCGAAGAGCAACUCAAAACUGUACGAAUCGCAGAUGAAGCCGCGCUUCACGAGGACGACGGAGUCGACGAAGAAGAGCUGGAGAGGCGGCGCGGGGAGCGAGAGGCCAAGGCACAAGCCCUGACCUUGGAAUUAAUGGGUGACCUGCCAUUCGCCGAGGUCAAGCCACCGGAAAACGUGCUUUUCGUGUGCAAGCUCAAUCCGGUAACGGCAGAUGAGGACCUGGAGCUGAUUUUUGGCCGCUUCGGCAAGAUCCUGAGUUGCGAAGUCAUCCGCGACGCCAAGACUGGUGACAGUCUGCAAUAUGCAUUCAUUGAGUAUGAGGAGAAGGAGUCUUGCGAAGCAGCAUACUCGAAGAUGGAGGGCGUGCUGAUUGAUGACCGGCGCAUACACGUCGACUUUUCCCAGAGUGUCAGCAAACUCAGCGACUCCUGGCGCAGCGACGCAAACGACAAGCGCCGCAAGCAUGCGCGUGGCGGUUGGGGUGGUGUCAGGGACCUGGAGAAAAGGCGCCAAUACCGAGCGGAGGAUGACCGCAGACAAGGGAAGGACUACGACAUGGUACAUGCUGAGGAUGAGAUUAGGGGCCGUCAGGAAAAGCCCAGCCGUGACAAGUCAGGCCGGGACCGCAAUGGUGACGGGCGAGACUACCGGCGUCAGGAGCGGAGCCGCAGUCCACGGCCUAGCUAUGGCAGCCGGGAUCGCGACAGGCGUCGUGACGACAGGCGCAGGCACAGAAGUCGAGAUCGCGAUGAUCGACGUGAUAGAUACAGGAGAUGA